AAAAUUUCAUCUGGCACGUUUCGACGCAAUUUCCCCUCUCUGAGAAGACCUGCUUCAGAAAUAAAGGAACAUGUAUCCAACGAGGGGAGGUGUAGGAAAGAUCUGGAUUUAUUCAUCCUUACAUUGAAAAGAGUGUGAAGUCUGAAAUUGUCCGUUUCUCUUAUCAAACUGAUAAUACGCAAUUAUAAAUACGCUGCUGAUAAGAAAAGUUUCAAAAUAGAUUUUUUUGUCAGUAUUGAUUAAAGUUAGAUUUCAAUUUUUCCAUUUGACGUUAAAAAAUUUAUUAAAAAUGGAUCGUUGGAAGGAUAAAGUAGCAAUUGUGACAGGUGCGAGUUCUGGAAUUGGCCAAUCAAUUGCGCAAGCCUUGAUUAAAAAUGGUCUCAAGGUGGUCGGUUUGGCCAGAAGAUUAGAAAAAAUGGAAGAAUGGAAAAAUGAGAUGAAAAAUGAAAAAGGAAAAUUUUUUCCUAUUCAGUGUGAUCUUACUAAUGAAGAGGAUAUUUUAAAGGCUUUUGAUUGGAUAAAAAAAGAGCUAGGAGGUGUUAAUAUUCUUGUAAAUAAUGCAGGAACCUCGUCUAUUGGAAUGAUAAUCGAAAGUUCAACAGAAUCGUAUAAAAAGAUUAUAGAUUUAAAUGUCAUCGCACCAGCUAUUUGCAUAAGAGAGUCUGUAAAAAUUAUGAGAGACAAUAAAACAGCUGGACAUAUUAUCAACAUUAACAGUACUAAAGGAAAAUCUACAGAAAAAUCAACAGUAUUUUGCAACAUGUAUUGUCCCAGCAAGUUUGCAUUAAAAGCCAUGACUGAAGUUAUUGAACAAGAGUUACAACAUGUUGAAAGUACGAUAAAAAUAACGAGUGUACACCCUGGAUUAGUCAAAACAGAUUUGGUUCUAAAAAAUGUACUUGAAAGGUUUCCUUAUGUUGAUGUCGAAGAUAUUUCAGAGGGUGUCAUUUAUGCAUUGUCGACGCCCCCGCAUGUUCAAGUGAAGGAUGUAACUAUUACUCCAGUUCCAGGUCGACUUCGACAGAAAUAAAUCAUAUAAAUAUAUUAUUUUCCGAAAAAUUGUCUGAACUGUCAAAUACUUGAAACGUGAUUUUUAUUUUUGAAUCAUAAAUGAUGUAUUUAAAAAAUAUAAGUUUAUUGUAAAUCUUC